CAGAUGCUGUAAAAAUGCCGCCCAGGCGCAUUAAGAUGGUUCUGCUGGACACCAUGGAAAGCCUGUCGAAGCAGAACUUCGCGGCGUUCUGCGACCGGCUCUUGGACCGCAGGGAGGAGCCGCGCGUCCGGCGCUGCAGGGUGGAGGGGAAGAGCCGGCUGCAGGUCCUGGACGUGCUGGUCUGCACCUUCACCGAGGACGGGGCUGCGCGCGUCACCGCGGAGCUGCUGCACGACAUCGGCUGCAACCAGGAGGCGCAGAGUCUCGUGGCAGAGGCCUGUCCAGCUACAAUGGCAGCCUACCAGCAUUUGUUAAAGAUUCCCAAGCGCAGGGACAACCAAUCAAUGUCCAUUUCAAGGGUGGAGCGGAAAAGCCGCCUAGAGAUCGGUAAGGUGAUGAUAAGCACUUUCACGGAGCAGGGAGCUCUGAAGGUGGCAGAGGAAAUCCUCAGAGAGAUCGGCUGCUCCCAGGCUGCGGACAAACUCGCUAAAGAGGCAGGACCAGCAAGACCAGCAGGACCAGCAAGACCAGCAGGACAAGUGGGUGCAGCCAUGGAGCACUUUGUGGACGUACACAUGGAGGAAUUGGUCCAGAGAGUGUCCAAUGUCGACCCAAUUUUGGAUGUGCUGUUGAUUAGAAAAGUCAUCCAACCCGAGGAUUAUGACACUAUAAGAGCUCUGCCAACCAAUCAAAAGAAGAUGAGGGAGCUCUACAAAGGUCCUUUCAGAAGCUCCGACAUCUGCAAAGACAUCUUCCUCCAAAUCGUUGAGAAGCAGCAGCCGUUUCUCAUAGAUGACCUCAAAAGAAAGUAGUUUGUGAUGAAAUCAAAAAAUAGAAAAGAACCAAGAAAAUGUUUUCUCUGCAGAGGGAUAUAGGAAAGUCUUUUUGUAAUGUGUAAUAUUUUACAUCUAUAUUUUCUGGAACUGUUAAGGUUUGAAAUCCCAGCCCUGAUCACUGAGCCUCAUAAAGACCUCAUUUUAUAAAAGAAAAAAAAAACAUUUGGGAUCUAGUUUUUUAAUUAAAAUAUGUAUUUUUUUAUGAAUUACUGUUAAUUUGACUCAAACUUUUACUACAAAUGUCAUUUUUCAUACCUCUAUGGGAAUGUUAUUGAUUUUCUUUAUUGAUUAAAUUAAGCCCAGAAUUGGAUAGAUUGAUAGAAAGUUUUUAACCAUCUACUAAGAAUUCACUAUUGGUUCUUCACUGAAAAUAAUCUGUAAUUUGAACAUGACAAUAAAAUCAUAAUUUUAAGUAAGAUCU